CUUUAGGCUGCCAGUGUUGUCAAGACGGGCAGAGAGACGCGUUGUAAACGUGCAUCAUUGCGUUCAUCAAAGAGCACGAGCGCUACAUCGACAGGCUCUUCACACACAGACCGUGGCUUUAGGCUGUCAUCCUGAUGCUGGACUGAGCCUUGUUGCUCGAAAGAGGAAGCUGAGAAGGAACAAUACCUAGAGAGCUUGUGAAUCGUUGGCAAGUGAAUAUCAAUUUUCAGACCGAGCCCGUCUUCUGUCGACAGCGCCUUACCAAGCGUCAUUGCAGAGGAACACAGACGCCAGUUUCCCUCGGCGCUUAUUAUAACACAAAAGCAAUGCCGGGCUAUGACUACAAGUUCCUCGAGAAACCCAAGAGACGCUUUCAGUGUCCUCUGUGUAGCAAAGCGAUGAGGGAACCCGUCCAAGUUUCCACAUGUGGACACCGAUUCUGCGACACCUGUCUGCAAGAAUUUCUCAGUGAGGGGGUCUUCAAGUGCCCUGAGGACCAGCUCCCACUGGAUUAUGCCAAGAUCUAUCCUGACCCUGAGCUGGAGCAGCAGAUAUUGGCUCUGGCCAUCCGCUGUAUUCACAGUGAGGAGGGCUGCCGCUGGACCGGCCAGAUGAAGCAGCUACAGAGCCACUUCUCCACCUGCGCAUUCAACGUGAUCCCCUGCCCCAAUCGCUGCUCCGUCAAGCUGACUCGCCGGGACUUGCCUGAGCACCUGCAGCAUGACUGCCCCAAACGCAAGGUCAAGUGCGAGUUCUGCGGAAGCGAGUUCACAGGAGAGGCCUUUGAGAACCACCAGGGCAUCUGUCCACAGGAGAGUGUCUACUGCGAAAACAAAUGUGGAGCGAGAAUGAUGAGGAAACUCCUGUCCCAGCACACAAUGACAGAAUGCCCCAAACGCACCCAACCCUGCAAGUACUGCGGCAAAGAGUUCGUCUACGACACCAUCCAGAACCAUCAGUUCCACUGCCCUCGCUUUCCCGUGCAGUGCCCUAAUCAGUGUGGAACCCCAAACAUCGCCCGAGAGGAUCUGGCUAACCAUGUGAAGGAGAGCUGUGGCAGUGCAUUGAUCCUCUGCCCCUUCAAAGAGGCCGGCUGCAAACAUAGAUGCCCAAAGAUAGCUAUUGGUCGACAUCUGGAGGAGAGCACAAAGUCCCACCUCACGAUGAUGUGCACUCUGGUGGGGCGUCAGCGACAGGAAAUCAUGGAUUUGAGACGAGAAAUGGAGGAGCUGUCCGUCAGUCAUGACGGCGUUCUUAUCUGGAAGCUGACCGACUACUCACGCAAACUGCAGGAGGCCAAACUCCGCAACAACCACGAGUUCUUCAGCCCGCCCUUCUACACACACCGCUACGGCUACAAACUGCAGGUGUCUGCAUUUCUAAAUGGUAACGGCAGUGGGGAGGGCACACAUCUGUCCAUCUACAUCCGCGUGCUGCCCGGCGAGUACGAUAACCUGUUGGAAUGGCCCUUCUCGUACAAGGUGACCUUCUCAAUCUUGGACCAGAGCGACCCAUCGCUGUCCAAACCUCAACAUAUCACAGAGACCUUCAACCCUGACCCCAACUGGAAGAACUUCCAGAAACCAAGCAGCAGCCGGAACUCGCUGGACGAGAGCACGCUGGGUUUUGGCUACCCCAAGUUCAUCUCGCACGAGGAGAUCAAGAAGAGGAACUACAUCCGUGACAACUCCAUCUUCCUCAAAGCUUCCAUAGAGAUCCCCCAAAAAAUCAUGGCUUGAGUUUAACGGGACUUAGGUGAAGAUUUUUCUCGACAGGUCUUGAUGGACCCUUAUCAACAACUUUACUGAAAGACUCAGUGCUCAUCUGACUGGUUAUUUGGCUGGCUUCAGGAGCCCGUAUGUCAGUGUUUGAUCAGCAAAAUCACUCUGAAGUGUUUUGGAUUUGAUUUUUAACACUUUCUUCCUUAAUUUAAAGCAACAACUUUGACAUUCAGUAGUGCCUAGAACAUUUAUUUUAAUUUAAAUGUUAUUUUUGAAGUGUGAUUUUAUUUGAUUUCCCUAACAGAUGUCAAGUAUAAAGUAAAAGAUUGAAGCGGACCGUGAAAGGCUAUUCACCUUUGCACUUUGAGAAUGUUUGAAUAUUCUUCAAAGGGAACGGAGCUUUAAAACACAACAGCAGUCAGUACUGUUAUGCCUGUGUUAAGAAUUCAGCAUACACACACUCACGCAAAACCUUCUUGACCCUUUUGUGUACACACUUUUCCCUGGUAUUGGCUCUUGAAAAGAAACUCAACGAUGAGGGUCAAAAGAACCUAGCUUUCCUGUUUAACUUGUUUUAAGUAAACUAACAACUAACAAUGGUUGUGAACUAAAUGUAGCUUAACUUCAUCACCUUUUGUCACUCUACCAGUGACAAAAGUGUAUGUCAGUGUAUGAUACUUGUUUGAAUUAGACUCCAAUUUUGAACGGUGUAUUGUAGUACUUGAUGCAUUGUUUUUCAACACUCUGUUGUUCUUGGCCCACGUUCCGUUUAGGACCGAUUCCAGGAAUUUAAUGGGUGAAGGUGCUAAAAGCUUGUUUUUUUUUCAUUAUUGUAUGAUGGAAACGAAACCUUUUGCAACUCAUGCACUCGAGUCUGUAUCGAAAGCCAUGCUAGAGUUUGUUUACAUUCAGUCUGUGGGCGUUGGGUGAGGAUUGCAGGUCACAUGAUCUUCAAAGUGGACCACUUUUUGUACUGUUUUCUUAACCAGUGUGUCGAGGGCUUGUUACGUUUCAGCAGACGAACGGUUAAAAGUAACCAAAUUUCUUUUUGUAAUAUGUGAAAAAAAAAUGUGAGCAACACCAGUUGAAUUUGUUUCAUAAAUGGAGGGUGUUUUGAAUGUGAACUUUGGACUCACAUGCGUGGUACACCCUUUCUGGGUUUUUUUGUGUUUCUUACUAUUCCGGUCAAUGAAAGCUGAUGGAUAGAAAGGUACGGGCACUUGCCACGGUCACCCCCAAAAUGUGUUGGUGCCUCAGGUGCGAGGGUGUCGAGCAGCACUGGUAGCCAUGGUUACCAGAAAGCAGCAUGUAAAAAGGAGGAGAGUUCUUCCAUGUGCCUGAGGAAGAUGAGCCUUGUGCAAUAUGGCUGCCAUUGCUCCAUACAGACCAGUGGAGGACUUUGUUGAUACUUAUUAUAUAUUAUAUGUGAAUACUAAUAAAAAAAAAUGCAAAAGCACAUUCUUCUUCACAUUUAAUCUCGCUACGAUACCAGCAAAUAUUUUGCAACGAUUUUGAGAAAACCUGAAAACAGAAAAAACAAAUUGUUUUUUGUGUUAAGAUUCUGUAUUUUACAAAAUACUUCAGAUGUUUUCUACAACAUUUUUUUGCGGAAAUGAGUUUGGGGAGAGCCUGUAUGUUUACAUUUUAUGGACCCUUAUUACGUUUCACCUCUGUGGCAUUUCAUCGAUCGUUCUGUUUGUCUGGUUUGAAUUUUGCAUAUUAUGUCUGUAUUAUUUCCUGUUGAAAGUAUUUAUUUUAAGGCGCCAUGACAUAAACUUGUUUAAAGAAAUAGUGCGGAUGUUUUUAUAAGUUGAUUUGAUUAUUGCUUGUCAAAUAUCACUUGAA